ACCUUGGCCAUAAAGACAGAACUGUGUUGUGUUCACCAGACAGAGGAAAUGUAAAAGAUGCAGGAAUCGGACUGUCAGUUUUAUGCGCUGAACGUUUUGAAAAGAAAAUAUCCUCUCCAAAGAAGGUCAGAAGAAAAAAGAUGCCAGACCAAACACCAAACACAAGUCCUGUGGUAGAUGCCUUUCGGAGAGGAAUUAAGAAGAAAAAGGACAGUGUAAACAUUUUAGAGAAUGGCAGAGCAUGCAAGGCACUGGAUUCAUUGUCAUCUGCAAAAUGCAAAAAUAAGAGGUCUGACUUUGUAAAAAACAUCCUUUUAAAGUCUACUUGUGGUGAUGUUCUGCAACUAAUGGAGGCUGCUGCUCUACCUAGACAUGAUUCUGCUCUUCCAGAGGAAUACCUCAACUCAAGCGAGUCAAAAGUGGAAAGCACCUGUACAGACAAGUCCAAGUUGAAUGGAAAAGCAAAAAGCAUCUUUGAUAGUGAAGAUGAGAGUUUGGAAUGCAGUCUAGAUGAUGAUGAUGAUGAUGAUGUAUUCAUGCCACUGCAAGAAAUUCUGUCUUCAAGUCCCAAGCCAGAGGCAGGAACCCUGGAAGAAUCUUGUCUUGACAGUUUUUCUCAGGACACUGUGACUCCAUUACUGAAGCUUCACCUUUCUAAGCCUCCUGUUGUUAGCCAGGUGUCAUAUGUGAACAGCUUAGAACAUCUCUUGAAAGAGAAAGAAGAAUCUAAAAGGGUAGAUGAACUAGAAAAGCGGUUACAGGAAGACAUGCAAGGAAGGGAAACUGAUUCUUCAGAUGGAGAAGAUGAGGAGGAUGCCAGUGGAGAUGAAGAUCUCUCAGAAGAGCAUAGGGCAUUUAUAAAGAGAUUUUCAGUAAUAGCUCAUGCCAUACCUGACUACCACCCUGGAGAAAAUAUAUUUGAUUUAUCAACCUCUGGGAAAAUCUUCAAUCAACAUAACCUUGACUUGAGGAAUUUUCAUUUCAUCCCUCAAAAUCCUAUAGAAAAGCUCCUUCUUAGUUCUGGUGUAACACAGCAGCUUUCUUUAGCUAUUAAUGGUUUUCUAAGUUGUGCUUACAGUUGUAUCUUGUGUCCCAUACCAAUUCUGAAGUGGCUUUUCCAGAUGAUGUCUGUUCAUCCUGACUAUUGUGUUUCCACCCAGAUUUUAGACAGAUUGAUGGAGAUAACACUAAAAAAUGCUUCCAUCAGUGAUGAACAGUCUAAACCAUGGAUUCCUUCACUAGCUGAUGUGUCAGCUGUUUUUGUCAAUAUGGGUGUUGCGUUUAGAUCUCUCUUUCCAUUGCAGCAUCUUCAGCCCAACUUUAACGAGUGUGAUAUUUUAAGUCAGAUGCAAGAAACAGUGAGUAAACAACAACCAAGAGGAGACCUAACCUCUGCCAGUCCAGCCUUCUCCAGUCUACCAGAAAACAAUUUAAUUAAUGUGAUUAAGUUUCUAGGUUUCUGUACAACAGUAAUUCAAGGUGGAUAUACUGAUCAAGAUAUAUUGCUGCUGCUUCUAUUGCUACUUAAAAUAAGCUUGGAGAAACAGUUAAAGCAAAUUCCUUUGGUGGAUUUUCAGUGCCUUUUCAUAACGCUUCUGAUAAGUAUCAAAGACUGGGAUACAAAGAUGCCUGAGCUCUGCCUGGCAGUGAGUGAACUCUCCAGUCAUCACCAUAAUCUCCUGUGGCUAGUUCAGCUGGUGCCUAGCUGGAUAAUACGUGGACGGGAAGUAAGAAGACGUCUUAGCCUAGUGAUAAUUUCAAAGCUUCUUAAUAAAAAGGAUAUAGAAAUACCUGAUGACAGUGACAAGCAGAUGUCUCUUCUGCAUCAGUUUCUGGUGUACAUGAAACCUUCUAAUCUACUAAAGAAGAUGGGAGAAGGACUGGAGCAGCAGAAUGCCGAUGGAGACCACCUUGAUACAGAACUAGAACAGGAGGUAUACUACCUAAUCUACAUCCUCCUUCAUCUAGUCAGUGAAGCUAGUUUCUUUGAUGUUGUAAAUUCUAAUCAAAGGCAACACUUACUGAAGCUUUGUGGUGCCUUAGAUAAGCAUAUAAAAUGUGAUAUUAGAGAAGAUGCAAGGCUGUUUUAUCGAACUAAGGUGAAAGACUUAGUUGCUAGGAUAUAUGGCAAAUGGCAAGAUAUGAUACAAACCACUCGGCCUACUCAGGGAAAACUGCAUGACUUCUGGGAGCCAGAUUCAUGA